GCGAAGAAGAAGGAGAAGGAGAAGCAGGCGGCAGCGGCGAAAAAUAAAAACAAAAAAAGUAGCGAAAUGGUGUAAAAAAUAAAAAGCGGAGCAGCUCAGAGCCAAAGCAGGAGGGGCGGACGAAGACGGAUUACUGUUGUCACUGUAAUUACCGGUGAAGUCUGUGAAGUUUGAUGCUGUCCUCACGGAGCUUUGAGCCAGUAACGGACUUUUUGGUCGGCUGAACCAUGCAGAGGCUGCUGGUCCUCCUGAAUUUGGUGUUGACUUUUCAAACCGGGUGGACAGCGAGGUUCUCUCAGGAGCCGGCAGACCAGUCGGUGGUUCGGGGCCAGAGGGUGAUCCUGUCUUGUGUUGUCUUCAACUACUCUGGCAUUGUUCAGUGGACCAAAGAUGGCCUGGCUCUGGGCAUCGGAGAAGACCUCCGGGCCUGGCCCAGGUACCGUGUGCUGCGUGUUCAGGAGUUGGGCCAGUAUAACCUGGAGAUUCUGUCCGCCGAUCUGUCUGAUGACUCGCUGUACGAGUGCCAGGCCCCGGAUGCUGCCCUGAGAUCCAGGAGGGCCAAACUCACCGUCCUCAUCCCGCCAGAUGACCCGGUGAUAGACGGCGGUCCGGAGGUGUUACUGACUGCACGAGAGUCCUACAACCUCAGCUGUGUGUCUCGAGGGGCCAAACCGCCUUCUACAAUCGAGUGGCUCAAAGAUGGCCUUCCUGUGGACGGGGCUGUCAGCAUGACUGAGGUGCUUCCGGACCGAAAGAGAGACACCCGUAGCUACCUGCCGAUCCAACCGGUCGACACAGAUACUGGGAGGAACUACAGUUGUAUAGCCACCAAUCUGGCAGCUCCCACCGGCAAAAGCACAACAGUCACUCUCAAUGUGCACCACCUGCCAACAGUGACCUUGUCUAUUGAGCCUCGCUCCGUACACGAGGGGGACAGAGUCACCUUCACCUGCCAGGCUCCAGCCAACCCUCCUAUUAUGGGCUACAGGUUUGAAACUGGCCAUUUUGUGCAUGUGGAGUGA